AUGGCACAGGAAAAGAUCUCCGUCUAUAACUUAGCAGAUCUUAGAAAUACUUCCGACGAUGCCAUCCCCAACUAUCUGAACUCACUCGGCUUCGUCCAGUCGCACUGCUUGACCGAUGUUCGCCUCGCCCUAGGAUACGGCGCCUUCUCUGUAGCUGGCGCCUGCUUCUAUUGGGACUGGAAACUUGGGUUUGAAGACACAAAAUACUACUCGGCCGCAGCUGUACUGGUGUACAUGGCACUCCAUGCCGCUUUGAGCCUUUGGGCCAAAUUUGUCGAGAAGUCGACUAUAUACGUGGGCAAGUCCCCGGUCAACAACGAGAUACCCUUGCUCACGUACCAGGUCUCCAUUUCUACCGCUGCCGACAAAUUCACCCCCAUUUACAACGUCACGGUCACCACCCGAACUGCCUCCAAGGGUGCACAACCCCAGACCACGCAAUUUUCCCGCGCCUUCUCUGAGUGGUUCGACGGUGCUGGCCGCUUUGUUGCUUUGCCUUUCCAGGUCAUGUUCGCCUCUCAGGUGGCUGCAAUCGGCCGCGUGGAUUCGAAGCGGGCCUCUGCGCCGCAAGCUGACGCCAGUGUCGCUUAUGAUGACGAGACACUGACGCUGUUGGCUGCCGCAAGCAAGACAGGCGCAGUGGAUCAAGAAGAUGCUGAUGUUGAUGGGAAAAUAGCAGUUGCGACUGGAAACAGCAGUAGUAGCGGCCAGAAGAAGGCAAGCAAGCGGCGGAAAGCAUAG